AUGGAGUCUCUCUUUAGGGGAGAACUGGGAUUACUGGGAGGAGGUGAGGGACUGAAGGAGGAUGGCUGUGGGGUGGGGUGGGCGGGAUCGCCCCUCCCCGAUGACGUGUAUUCCGUCUCCCACUUCACUCUCAUCACGGCGUACCGGGACAUCAAGACGCGGCUGGCCGACCUGGAGAGAGAGAACACCAGCAUCAAGAGGAAACUCAAAAUCUAUGAGAUAAAGUUUCCAAUGAUCAGUGAGUUUGGAGAAGACAGGAACUCAUACUGUUCAUUUGAGCCGAAAGACACUGCUCUGCUUCAGUCAGAGAAUGGAAACCUACAGCAGAGAGUCAACAUCCUCACACAUGAGCUUCAGAAGAGUAAGAAUCGUGAAGAGCAGCUGGAGGAUGUCAUUCAAGCCUAUGAGAAGGUCCAUCUAGAGAAGACCAACCUUCAGAGAGACCUCGACAAAAUGACGUCUCUGGUGGAGAAACACGUUGAACGGAUCCACAGUUUGGAGUCUGUGCUGCGGCAGCGUGAGAGUUCUCUGCACAAACUCAGUGCACAACUUCACAGCAAAGACAUGCAGUACCUUCAGCUCCACGCCAGCCCAGAUAUUCACUUGUUGGACUGCCCGACUCUGGCCCUGCAAAGCUCCCGUAGUCUGGAUGCCCUCUCUGACCUGAAGCUCCAGCGGCUGGAGGCGGAGCUUGAGGGGGCACGGCACGAGGCUCAGGGCGCGUGUCAGAGAGAGGAGGAGCUAAAGGCGGAGUGUGAGAGACUGCAGGAGGAGCUCAGACAGCUUCAGAACAACCAAAGACAACAGGAGAGAAGCUCCCGCUGUGGUCAGUGCGAUGUGGAAUGGAUAAAGAAAGUAGGAGACGAACAGGUGAACUUGGCAUUGGCCUACACUGAGCUGAUGGAGGAGCUCAGUCGUCUGCAGGCUUUGAGCAGUAAACAGACGGAGAUCCUGAGGAAAGCUUCCCAAGACCAGUCCAGCCCAGGUACUGGGACCAUUCAGCGCCAUGCUCCAGCCCCCCCCCAGAGACACUCUCCUGUCCCUCAACGUCACUCUCCCGUACCUCAACGCCAUUCUCCCGUACCUCAACACCACUCUCCCGUACCUCAACGCCAUUCUCCCGUACCUCAACGCCAUUCUCCCGUACCCCAGCGCCGCUCGCCGGUUUUACAGCGUCUCUCUCCGGAUGUGCACCGCCGAUCACCCCUGCCCGAAAUCAGCAACGGCCCGGCGUCCUACGUCUGCCGGCCCACCUCCCACCGUCUGAGGGCCAGCUUCCAGGGACGGCGCAGUUACUCUGAGGUGGCCGAUCCGUCCGCCUACCAGCGUCCUCCGCGCUUCACCUUGGAUCCUGUCUCUACCCUGCCGAAGCCCAGGCCGUACGUGGAGAUGUACCACAAACAGCAGCAGCCGCAGCCGCACGGGGCCGGCCAGCACGCGCUCGCCCAGAGACGAGGCUCCCAGCCCGGGGCUCAGGCCGUGGGACAGGACGCCGGACUGGCCGAGUCCCCGCGGCACUCCCGGGAGAUGCCCUUCCCCCACGCGGAGGUGUCCCACCUGCACUUCGAGCCUCAGCCCAGCCCGCCCCCCCUGCACCCGCCUCCUCGCCCCCCCCAAUCCUCUGAAGAUGAGGAGGAGUGGAAUCCACACCCCAUCAGUCCUCCACGGACACUGGGCGCGUCGGGGUCCAGAAGCCCCACCUCUUGCUCCGCCUUCCCUAUCCCGCCCCGCCCAAACACCCUCAGCUGUCACCCACCUGGAUACCUGCAUGCCGGACACGCCCAGUCCUGGCCCUCCAUUAACUUCUGGAUGGACACGGAGGAGGAGGAGACUGACCUGAGGAGCUGUCCACUCUGUCAUCGGCUCUUCCCCAGUGGUUACCCAGACGACGCCCUCAUCAAACACAUCGACUCACACCUGGAGAACAGCAAGAUCUGA